AGUAGACGAAGAAGAAGAAGAAGAAGAAGAGAAAACUGCGGAAGAAUAAAAUGGAGAGAGGUACAACUGCGACCAAAGUAAAACGUCAGGGUUGCGAAUGUUGGAAAAAUAAGUUUCCAGCUCAUCAUAAGAAAAAACCUCGUGAUCGUUGCAAAAGAAAAAGGCAGACAUUGGUAUUUAACGUUAACGCGGACGACGAGAUAUGGCACGAACCGUACAUGCAACCUCUUCAAAAAGAAUUUUCGGACGUGUCAAUUUUGUGCGAUUCGAAGAUUGAGUUACCAUGGAAGGACAUUGCGUUACCGACUGUGGUAAGAAAAAUUCGUACGGAUGGUAAAUUUAAAGAACAUGGCGGUGGAAGAACGGAAGUCGAACACGACGAUGAAAGCACCGCCGUAUCAGAACUCGAGAAAAAGGAAUCGACUGGCAUUAUGACGUUACCCUGGCACAAUUUAUUGAUCACUAACGUGAUAUCAUCUCCGAGAGACUAUGAUCCAACCAGUUCUGAUUCUCGAGUUAAAAUACCAUGGGAAGAUCUUGCUUUGGACAAACCAGUUGAUAUCCGUGUGCCUCCACCAGAGGAGGCAGAUUCCUGUGAGCCCGACGACCUCGAGAUACCCUGGCAGGAUAUUCUCAUACCUAGGAAUAUCGUAAUCAAGUCAAAAACAAAAAUAGGAAAUUCUUCCUUUGUUAGAAGGAACAAUAAUUAGGCCCGCGUAUUCGUUUCUAAAGAAGAUUCUUUUUAUAUUUAACCCUGUGCAAAAUUUCGUAAUACUCGGUGAAUAAUUUAUUUUUAAGAGAAAA